GGAGCUUCCCCCGCCACCGCACCCAUCAGAGGAGGAGUGGGCUGGGUGGAAUCCCUUCUCUUAUACCUAGGCGUUGUUACCAAAGAGACCGCUCCUCCUGGUUUGAUAGGCAGAGCUGCUCACCGGUUCCUCGAAAGACUAUCAAAAGACCUGAUUGCAUUUUGGGCAGACAUGGGCUGGGGUGUAGCUCUGUUGCUUUUGGAAAUUCGUUGCUGAGUUAGCUUGCUGGCUGUUCUAAUUUCUAAGACGCUAUGGCUAAGCAGUAUGAUGUGCUCUUCCGACUCCUGCUUCUCGGAGAUUCGGGGGUUGGAAAAACAUGUUUAUUAUGCAGAUUCACGGACAACGAAUUUCACCCGUCACACAUUUCCACAAUCGGAGUCGAUUUCAAAAUGAAGACGCUAGAGAUAGACGGCAUCAAAGUGCGGAUACAGAUUUGGGACACAGCAGGACAGGAGAGAUAUCAGACCAUCACUAAGCAGUACUACAGACGAGCACAGGGAAUCUUCCUGGUUUACGACAUCACAAGUGAGCGAUCCUUCCAGCACAUCAUGAAGUGGGCCAGCGAUGUGGACGAGUAUGCUCCUGAUAACAUCCAGAGGAUCCUCAUAGGGAACAAGUCAGACGAGGAGGAGAAGAGACAGGUUGCUACAGGACAGGGCAACAAGCUGGCCAAGGAUUAUGGGAUGGACUUCUUUGAGACAAGUGCCUCCACCAACUAUAACAUCACAGAGUCCUUCACACGAUUGGCUGAGCAGGUCCUGGCAGCCAAUAAGAAGGACCUGGACCUCCUAAGGGCGUCAGUCACAGACGAGCUCAACCUCACCGCCCUGGAGGAGGAGGAGGGCAUCACAGACGGGGCCGCCGCCUCACAGAAGGGCUGCUGGUGUUAAGGGCUGCGCCUGGUCAAAAGUAGUGCACUAUGUAGGGAAUAGGGUGAAAAAAGUAGUGCCCUAUGUAGGGAAUGGGGUGAAAAAAGUAGUGCACUAUGUAGGGAAUAGGGUGAUAAAAAAGUUGUGCCCUAUGUAGGGAAUAGGGUGAAAAAAAGUAGUGCCCUAUGUAGGGAAUAGGGCGAGAAAAGUAGUGCCCUAUGUAGGGAAUAGGGUGAGAAAAGUAGUGCCCUAUGUAGGGAACGGGGUGAAAAAAGUAGUGCACUAUGUAGGGAAUAGGGUGAGAAAAGUAAUGCCCUAUGUAGGGAAUACGGUGAGAAAAGUAGUGCACUAUGUAGGGAAUAGGGUGAGAAAAGUAGUGCACUAUGUAGGGAAUAGGGCGAGAAAAGUAGUGCCCUAUGUAGGGAAUAGGGUGCCACUUCUUAUGUAAGGACUGGGUCUGGAUGCGUCUCAAAACACACCCUAUUCCCUAUGCGAGAUCUGGUUUAAAGUAGUGCACUUUGUAGGGAAUAGGGUGGAGGGUGACACUUCUCUUUUUCAUGUUAGAACCUGAUUAACGUAACCGAUUGCCUUUCUACCAUCAUAGAUUGUGUACUGGCAUUUGAUAGGUUUUUUAAAUUGUAUUUUUCAUUGUAGUUGUUAGGUUUUGCCACAAGAGGGUGCUGCUGAUACAUGCUGUGUUAUAUACAAAGCUUUCAGUAUUUAGAGUACACCGCAGGGCUGUUGAUAAAGUGGUCACGACCCAUUACACUGUUCUACUGUAAUGCAUCUCCAAUGAUCCACCGUUCCCUUUAUAGUACACUGCUCGGCUAAGCUCAGACCUACUGCGCCAUAGGGAAUACACUGUUUGUGGUACAGACAAUGUUCCAUUUAGUUUCAGCCUCGUCAUUUUGUUUCUCGAGGCAACUUUCAAUGACAAUGUACAUAAUACUCCUAGUUUAAUUGAACGUAUUACCAUUACAGGCCUGUAUAAAGUGUUGACAUUUUUGAUGGUCUUAAAAUAUUCCCUCUAUGAUUCUAUCUACGAUGACGUAUUUUGUUUUCUUCUGUCAUGUUGUCCAGACUAGCAACGGACCAGCGAGAGAUCUGCAUGCGUCCACACUUCAAGCCUCAUAUUUUAAUUUUAUUGCAACUUCAAUGAAGUUAAUUAUUCAACUGGUCAUUUAUUAAACACUUAAUUCAGCAUUUGACCAGAGUGGUCUGACGUUAUUAUUCUUAACCUGGCCUAUUCUCUCUACGACUGACACAAUGUUAAUAGUGCUACCAUCAACAUAAACUCAUAUGUUUAUGUGUGUAAGUGAUAAUAUGGUAUGUAGUAUUGAAUGAAAUACUGGACUAUGAUUUCUAGAUACAGAUGAAAUGUAUGUCUGGUUUGUUUGAUGAUAGGGGGGGGGGGGGGGGGUACGUUUUGAAUUGCAUUUGGUGGAUAUAUAUAUAACGUGCAAUAUUGUAACUAUUUCACAUGUUUAUUGAAUAAAUGCUUGAAGAUGAAUGACUCA